AUGGUCCUCACAUAUGAUGAGCAUGGUGGGUUCUUCGACCAUGUUCCCAGGCUGGUCGACGGCGUGCCUAGUCCCGACGACAUUGUUGGCCCACCGCCGUACAACUUCACGUUCAACAGGUUAGGGGUGCUUGUCCCGGCCAUCUUGAUCUCUCCAUGGAUUGAGAAGGGAACAGUUAUGCAUGGGCCGAAUGGAAGUCCGUCCCCGAUGUCGCAAUUCGAGCAUUCUUCAGUCCCUGCAACCGUGAAGAAACUGUUCAAUCUGCUUCGGGAUUUCCUGACCAAAAGAGACGCGUGGGCUGGGACCUUCAAAGGCGUCGUGCAAACCAGAACUGAACCGAGGACAGAUUGUCCAGAGCAACUCCCGACACCGACGAGGAUCCGUCAGACGGAGGCGAACGAGGAGGCGAAGCUGACCUCGUUCCAGCAGGAGAUCGUGCAGCUGGCGGCGGUGCUGUACGGAGACCACCAGCUGAGCAGCCUGCAGCAGAGGAUCAGGGAGAGGAUGAACGUGAGGGAAGGGACCUCCUACAUGAGGAGCGCCGUGCGGCGCUUCUUCGAGGCCGGCAUGUUGGCCAAGAGAAUGGGCGUCGCCGACGACGAGCAGAUCGUCAAAAUGAUGCCCUCCCUCACCACCAGGACAUCCAGUGCGGACCAAGAUAAUCUUCCGUAG